UUUUGAUACAAUUACUUUCAUUAAAACAAUUUAAGCCCCUUUUUUUAACAGUUUUAAAAUUUCAACUUUUAAAAACAAUUCCCGCAUCAAUGGAUAAACGUGUGUUUUCGAGUCUUUCAAUUAAUUUGAUAUCAUCAAUAAUAAUUUUCCACUGCAUUUCAGAGCCUUUGAUUUGGCCCAAUCGCCGUGCGUGCGGAAGACAAUGUCUGAAUCGAGCGUCCGACCGGUGAGCACCAGCAUCAGCGCGCAGUUGCCAUUGGUCGCCAAGUGUGCCGAGUAGAAGAGACGCGGUCUCGACAGGGACGGUCGGUCGGACGGCGGCGGCGAGGAGGCGAUGCGCCGGUCGAGUUGACGACGUCGCCGCGUGUGUAAGUGCAGCAAGUUGGAACCCGCUCUGUCCACACUGUACAGGCUCCCGUGAAUGCGCAGACUAGUCAUGCGUGUGUAGAGAAUCAGAGAGAGAAAGAGCAGGGUUGGUAGAGAGAGAGAGAGUUUUGGACAGGAGGAUGCCCCGCUCGGUGGGCGACCUGCUGGAGGCCGUCGCCAAGCCGACCGUCAGCUACAGCGCCAACACGGCCAUCACGCCCAACGCACCCUCCACCGGACGCUACGUCAACUCGGUGUCCGACCUGUACGGCGCCGACGAGAUCGAGGUACUUCUAGACGAAAUCAAAGACCUGGAGCCCUGCAGCGUGCGCACCGAGGAUAUCCAGGUGACCAGGCUCUCGGCCAAGCCGCCUGAAUUGAGAGCCUUUUCCGCCCGCCACAGGGUGAUGACGUUGGAUUUUGAGAUUGCCGGCAGUCGGACGGCCGUGGACGAAGACGGUCCCGAGGGAGUGCAGGGGCCCCACGAAGGCAGCGACGCCGACUCGGACGGCGAGGCGGGCGCCCGCUCGUUGGUCGGCACCGUCCACUCGUGGGACAGCCACGCCAACUACCGACACGACCUCGACGACGAUGACGAGGGACGCAUGUUGUUCCGGGGGGUGAUUGUCUACUGCGACCAGAAACACCUCAAAUCGGCAACCGGCAUCGUUCGGGUGCUGCUAAUUGUGUGCACCAUGGCUUGUUUGAUUGGACUGUGCACCAGCAUGUCAUUAAGGGCGCCGUUCCACAUGUUACCCAUCUUGGCCAGGUUGAGGCUGAUGCUGUUCGUGACGAUAUUUACCCUCCUUACCACCAGCGUGCUGCUCUUUCUCGACAUAUCACAUACAGUCUACCUGUUUCCCUUCAAUUGGCCACUCAUCAACACGUGUCUCUUUAUCUGCUUGGGGGUAGCUUACUUGCUGGGAUCCAGCUUACUGCUUCACUUGGUGUACGCGUAUAACAACUCGGAGUGGGAGCCUCGUGUCUCUGGUGCCGAACUAAUUGUAUCCUAUGUUUUUGGCUACCUUUGCUGCGUGGAGUGUCUGGUGUUGGCCGUGGUAGCGCACUGGGGCCGGAACCCGUACAGGCGCGUCAUCACCGCCGACGAGAUCAACCUGCAGCCGUCGCCGUCGUCGUCGCCAACACACACGACGGCGCCGUCGAGACCAACCUCGCUAGUGCCCCCAGGCUCCUCGGCCGCCUCGAGCAAGGCGGCCAAAGCAAAGCAGCAGUGGCCGAUCGACGACCACCAGCAGCCGUGCUCCUCUAAGCAAUUGGACAAUUACGACGCGGCGUUUGCGAACGCGUGAAUAUUUUUCUAAAAAAAAAUACAGAACUACGCAGAUAGAGCUUUCGGCUCCAGUCAGGUGCUGAGUCCUCCUCCUCCUCCUCAACCACGUAUGAAAAUAAUUAUUAAUUAUAAAUUAAUUAUUAUUAUUCCUGUUCGCUGUCGCCGCAAACGUGAAAAGUUUCAAUGUGACAAGAAGCGAACCUGGCUGGAGCGCCAAAAUUUUUUCAGAAUAAUUCGUAAAAACGUUCGGCGGGAAAGCAGUGCCGACGACUAUAAUUUAAGGAAAACGAGAAAUUUGAAUCCGUCUUAAUAAUGCGCCUGAAUUUUCUACUAACAACAUUUGCAUACAAAUUGUGAUUGGUCCCAAACACAAGGAAAAGGCGGCGCUGCUUUCCCUCCGACGCGUAACUCCAAAAAAUCUUGUAAUUUAAAUAGUGCGUCCAGAAAAAUGUAAAUGUCUUCUAGGGAGAAAAGGGCCUUUUACCGUUUUUAGACUGAUUACAUUGCAUUUAGUUCUCUCAUCGAGGUUGUGAUUUGACCUGAUCUUGUUGUUGUUUCGCCCUUUUCAAGCCCCACUACUUGUAAAUUAUUGACGACUUCCGUGCCGUUCUCCUCUACGUGUACAUUACAAAUUUCUUUUUUUGGAAAAAGGAAAAUUCUCUCAGUUGGUUCGCGUUUUCCAUAAUUAUUGUCUCUAUAUAAUGAGUGUGUGAUUAUUGGUCCAGCCAGCACAACGUUUAAAUGUUCUUCUGAAGCGUAAUUGUAUAUCUGUAUAGGAGGCACACACGUGGUCAGAGUCGCAGUAAAAUGAAUGCAUUCACACGGCAGACGAGCAUUGAUUAUGUAAUUUUGUACUAUUGAGGUGCAAAUGCGGACCAUAUGCAUGCGUUGUGUGUGACAAGAGUGCACAAGGACGUUAGCGAGAGGAAAGAUUUUAAUUCAGAGAGAAGACGAUCAAUUUUUUAAGGAUCCACGCAGACAAAAAAAACCAACGCCCUUUUACAAAAAGCCAAGAUCUAAAAAGUGUCCGGUGCUGGCAGAUAAAAAUUUGGCCAGCACUCGCAUAGGAGUUUAUAAGUGAAACACUCGCGAUAUUAAAAAAAAUAGUGUUUAAAGAAGAAAAACGCUACCUUUAAAAAAGUUAUAGUGACUUCAAAAGAAACGCAACACACGAAGGUCAGAGUACUUUUUUUACUCGAGAAGAUAUUUUUAAAAACCAACGACAUACUCGACACCUAGUCUUUUUAACGAUCGUAUGAUUUCGCUCUCGUUAAUUUUUCUCUCAUUUCCUGAAAAGCUUCUCACACAUAUUCCUCCUCUCAUAAUUCCGCGGUGUGUUGUUCUUUUUUAUUUUUGUGAUCUGCGCGACAAAAUAUAAGAAAGCUCGGAGGGUUGCAUCGGAAAGUUAUGAACGCGAACGAGACACUCACUGUUAUUUGCACAAAUUUUUAAUCUCGCAACUCGUACGUCUGUCUGGACAUGUAAAUUUUGCAGAUAUAAAGGAAAAUUAUAAAAAGGGACGGGAGAAACGGCAUGCGACGACCCAGAGUGUAGGCAUCAAAAUAUUCUAUCUAGAAAUAAAAAUAAUCAAACUGAAAAUUCACAAACAUCCUGGCACGUGUAACUGUUAUAAGCGUAAUAUUUAUGUGGAUUCAUUAAAUUUGUUGGCCAGUAAAACUAAAUGAUAAUUAUUCUUAAUAAAAAAAAGCUGGCAAUACCAAAAUAUGGAAAAACUUUUAAAAUUGAUAUUUGAUAUGAAAAAAGCUAAAUAUUUUUUCCAAAGUAAAAAUUAAAUUGAUGGUGCCCAAUUUAGGUUCCGUCCCUGAAAGAAAUCGAGCGUUCUGAACGAGGGCAGCCAAGCCUAUACCUGCAUGUAAGUCGGUGCCAAGUGCCUGGCAACACUACUUUUGGCAGCUGUAAAUCUUGUAAAGGAGUGUGCACGUACAUUCUCAAUUCUCACUCUCAGCCUUGAUGCUCUAUUUUUCAAUUAAUUAUCGAUCUCACGUUUCACUCACAAACACUGUACUUCUACGUUGUUGAUUGCAAUUAGUAAAUUAUUAAUUAUUGAUCGAUUACGAACAAACUCUCGCCGUCAAGAGGGCUCUUUUUGCCUCUCUCUCGACAAGUACUAUUGUUGUUCACUAACAUGCACUUGAAUCAUCAUUAUUUCCGCGUUCCAUAUAAUAUUGAUUCGGUCGCGUGUAUUAUAUAAUUAUAUUUGUCACAAAAGCAGUUUUUAUUCGCGAGCCAGAAAGAAAGAAGGAAAGAAAAUCGAUCGUACAGUUUAAUCAUGGUCUGCUCUUGGAGGCAAAGCGAAAGUGUGUGGAAACUUGCCAAAUAAGCGCCCAUCAGUAAAGAGAUCUCCUCAAAAAACCCCAAACAUUAUUAAAGACGAUAGUUUUAGUUUACAUUCACUCCAAUUAAAGAAAGACUUGAUUAGUUGCGAGUUUAAUUAAGAGAAGUCAACGCCUUGUGCCUAAUUAUUACGAGAUAUGGAUCUUGUGUGUCGAAAGUAUUUUCCAAUGAUGUGGUGAUCGAAUCCGUAGGUGCCGACACUCAUGAUACAUGUAUCUUGUUGUGAAAUUGUACUCUCUUGUUAUUAUAACACUGUCGCGCGCAUACACAUUACACAUUGUAUUAACAAAUUGUAUUCUUCGGUGUUGAUUAACAAAAAAGAAAAGCAUGCAGGGCACAAGGAAACCACGUUUCAGUUAUUUAUGUACUUAAGAGAUCAAUGUCUGUUAGGUGUUCGUUUUCGCCUUUUUAAUUCCCAUUGAUCAUUUUACGCUCAUCUCAAACGCAGACUUUUUUCUCGGCUUGUUUUUAAUUUCGUCUCAUCCUAUCGCGAUUUUAGAGCAUUCUUCACUCACUGCAUAUUUAUAUUAUUAUAUAUGAUACCUGUUAUUAUUCCUGCAUUUUUCAGUGCUGUCUAGUCAUUUUUAGUCACGCAUAACACACACUAUGCUGAUUUGUUUCCCGAAAGAGUGUUCUUUUCGGCAUGGAAAAUUUAACUCAUUCUUUCGUUGUGUGAAGUAUUUUCCGUGUGCUGUCGGUGAAAUAUAAAGACAAUGAAACG